GAGGGGGGCGGGAAGGAGCCGGGACCUGCCGCCGGGCCGCUGCACGGGUAAGGCUGCGCCUAGGCCGGGAGAGGGCGGGGGCCGCCCCCGCUGGGCCCUUGGCCGCACGUCCCCCAGCGGCUCCCCGGGCGCUCGACUUGCCCUUGAGCUCUCCUCCCCUUGCCACGAUCGGGUAUUUCUCCGUCUUCCCCGGGGACCGGGAGGUACUUCAAGGAUCUUUGUCAGCAGGAGGAAGUCCCUCUACCCCUGCAGGUAGCAGCAGCAGCAGCACCACCACCACCACCAAAGGUUCCAGGAUGGCAACUCCAGAAGGGCAGGGCCAAGAGGCUGGGGCGUACCCCGAGCCAGCCAUCGAAGCACAGCCACAUCUGCCCACAGGCAAGGAGCUGGGAGAAGCAAGCCGUUUUGCUUAUACUGCUCUCUGCGGGAUGUCCCUGGCCUGGCUGUUUCCAGAUCCCGAACAAAGCUCCUUCCGGACAGAAUUUGUGGAAAGCCUAGUGAAAUGGCUAGAGUUAUCAGAAACAGUUCUCCCAUCCAUGGUGGCCUUUGCCAAUGGCCUGGGAGGAGAAGAGGAGGCGACAUUUGCUGAGAUUUUAUUGAAGGAUCCAGUUUUGAAGAAUGAUCCAAUGGUGAUUAUUCAGGAUCUUCUGGCCUUUUCUCUCAGGAAUGGCUGCUAUGAUGCUCGGGCCAGGGUCCUUGUGUGCCACGUCACCUGGCUGCUGAAAAUACCCCCAGAGGAGCUGGAGAACCUGGAGGAGAUGUUUCUGGAGAGCCUGAAGGAAAGACAGGAAGAAGAGUCGGAAGCUGCUGAAACUUCAAGAAAAAAGAGGGAAAAUCGGAAGAAAUGGAAGCGUUAUCUCCUGAUCGGCCUGGCCACUGUUGGAGGCGGGACAGCAAUCGGGCUGACAGGUGGCCUGGCUGCCCCGUUCAUGGCUGCGGGAGCAGCCGCCAUCAUCGGCACCACAGGGGCAGCUGCUCUGGGCUCCGUGGCAGGGAUUGCCGUCAUAACCUCCCUGUUUGGAGCGGCAGGAGCCGGCCUGACAGGCUACAAGAUGAAGAAACGAGUGGGAGCCAUAGAAGAAUUUGAAUUCUUACCCUUAACUGAUGGGAAACAGCUUCACAUAACUAUUGCUAUCACUGGCUGGCUCUGUUCCGGGAAAUACGGAAUGUUCACUACACCUUGGGCCACCAUGGCCCGGAGCAGCGAGCAGUACUGCCUGGCCUGGGAAUCUAAGUACCUGAUGGAGCUUGGCAGCGCCCUGGAGACCCUGCUCAACGGCCUUGUGAAUAUGAUGGCUCAGGAAGCCCUGAAAUACACAAUCUUGUCUGGUAUCUUGACAGCAUUGACUUGGCCCACGUCCCUUCUUGCUGUGGCCAACGUCAUUGACAACCCCUGGGGGGUAUGCCUUCGCCGGUCCGCAGAGGUUGGCAAGCACCUGGCCCACGUGCUCCUCAGCCGGCAGCAGGGCAGACGACCAGUCACUUUGAUUGGCUUCAGCCUGGGAGCAAGAGUCAUUUACUUCUGUUUGCAAGAGAUGGCCCAGGAGAAAGAUUGCCAAGGGAUCAUCGAGGACGUUGUCCUUUUGGGAGCACCAGUGGAAGGGGAAGCCAAGUACUGGAAGCCUUUCACAAAGGUGGUGUCCGGGAAGAUCAUCAAUGGCUACUCCAGGGGAGACUGGCUGCUGAGUUUCGUGUACCGGACAUCUUCUGUACAGCUGAAAGUGGCUGGGCUCCAGCCUGUCAACUUAGAUGACAGGAGGAUGGUCAACAUGGACUUGUCCUCAGUGAUGAGAUACUGGUGAAGAGUUGGAGUGGUCCAGCAAUUGGUCUUCCCUACAUCACCUGCCAAACCCACUCUGCAUUUCCAGCCAACAGCCCACAUGGAGAUUUCCAAAGGUUUCAUAGUUGUCAGCCACCCAACUCCCUUGCCUCAAGUAACACUGGGAAAAGUUGAUGAAGAAGGAAUAGAUUGGGGGGCUCGCCCAGCUGGAGAGAGAAGAAUCUCUGGCAAGCAGCAGACAGACAGAAUCUCCCAGAGCCCACUCUUCAAAAGGGGGUGACUCAGAUUCCCCUGCAGCAGUGAAUUUCUGCCUGCUCCUGUGGGAUGGAAGAGCUAAAUCAAAUUUAAUGAGGUUUCAGGAUGUACCCAAAACAUGUGACACUGAGCAGGGGCCCUCGCCUUUGUGAUAUCAUCCUCAAAAUAGAGCACAUUUCUAUAGAGCUCUAAAGGCUUCUCAAGUCCCACUGAGGUAGGGAAUUAUUCCUAUUUUAUAGAAUGAAGAAAAUGGCCCAGACAGCUAAAGUGAAUAUACCCAGGAUCAUAUAAAUAGAGGAUGCAAAAUGACAUUUCCAAGGAGAGAUAAGCUUCCCUAUAGAGGAAAGACCUAACUUGGAAUGGUAAGCAUUAGACUUGCCUAGUUCACAUAGUGGGUACUUCAAUGUAACCUGAGAUCAUAGAGUCCUUGGACUUGGAUCCCAGUUUGC